UGUUGCUCAUUUUGAGUGUUGUGCUUCAUGGGUUUGUGAAACUAGGGUUGUUAGGGUCUUUGAAUUGAAUGACUAGCAACAUGACUAGGCAGUUCCUGUCAAUUUUGAUCAAAUCCCAGCUGCUUUGGUUGUCUCCACAGCUUCAAUGAUGAGUAUUCUUCAAGCAAUAAAUUGUCAUAGGAGUUGAAAUUGGGCUCUAAAGCUGCUGUGCCCCCGAAUUCGGCAUCCGAUUUGGGUGAAUUUGUUGGUUCAGGCACAGUUUGGUUCUUGGGGGAUCAUGGUAAUUUCAUGUAAAUCAAUAAAUUUGGUCUCUGAGAUUUCUUGUGGCAAAGGGGAGGAUUGCAGUGAUGAAUCUCCCUGCAAUGUCAAUAUGAUGUCAGCCAUGACUUCCUUUGAUCCUGAAUCAAGUGAUAUAAUAGUUCACGAGGGGACUUAUCAGGAUGAGCCACAAAUUGUUUAUGUCAAGAAAGGUUUAUGUCAUCGAUGCCUCAAGGGAAGUUGUUUCACUGAGAAGGUAGUCUGCAUUGUUUGCGGUGCUAGAUAUUGCAGUAAUUGUGUGCUCAGGGCAAUGGGAUCAAUGCCUGAGGGAAGAAAAUGUAUUACUUGUGUUAGUUCUCCCGUUCAUGAGUCAAGGCGGGGUACCCUGGGAAAAUGUUCCUGGGGGCUUAAGCAAUUGCUCACUGAUUUGAAUGUGAAACAGAUUAUGCGAGCUGAGAUAUCAUGUGAAGCAAAUCAGCUACCAUCUGAGGUUGUAUAUGUGAAUGGUAAGCCUCUUUGUCAUGAAGAGUUGGUUCGGUUGCAAACCUGUCCGAACCCACCAAAAAAGCUCAAACCAGGAAUGUAUUGGUAUGAUAAGAUAUCUGGAUUUUGGGGAAAGGAAGGACAGAAGCCCUGCCAGAUUAUUAGCGCUCAACUGGAAGUUGGAGAUUCUAUUAAGCGAAAUGCUAGCAAUGGAAACACAAAUAUAUUGAUAAACAAUCGGGAAAUUACAAAAGCAGAGCUCCGGAUGCUGCAGUUUUCUGGAAUCUUGUGUGAAGGAAACCUUCACUUAUGGUUAAGUAAAGAUGGUUCCUACCAGGAAGAGGGACAGAAUAAUGUGACGGGGAGAAGAAAAUUAUGGGACAAGACUGGAACCAAGCUAGUUUGUGCCCUCUUGUCUUUGCCAAUUCCUCCUGAGCAUGCGAAUUCUUCUGGGAAAGAAGUUGUCAAUCUUGGCAAUGGAGUUGUACCGAAUUACCUUGCACAGAAAACACUAAACAAAUUUCUUCUAGUUGGUUAUGAUAAAUCGGGGACAAGUACUAUAUUCAAACAGGCCAGGAUGGUAUAUAAUGUCUGUUUCUCUGAAGAUGAGCGUCAAAAUAUUAAACCCAUGAUCCAGAGCAGUUUGUAUGGUUAUCUUGUAAUACUUCUUGAGGCACGUGAACGAUUUGAGGAAGAAUGUUUAACUGAAAUGAGGAAAAAAAGCAUUGAUAAACCUGGUCCUUCAGGGAGUGGUGGUCAGAUUGACGAAAAAAAUAUCUAUUCCAUCAAUCCAAGAUUGAAAGCAUUCUCUGAUUGGCUUCUCCAAGAGAUGAUAUCAGGCAAUUUGGAAGUCAUUUUUCCAGCUGCUUCACAUGCAUAUGCACCGGUUGUUGAGGAGUUGUGGAAGGACGGAGCUUUACAAGCCACAUACAAUCGGAGGAAUGAAAUAUGUAUGCUGCCCAAGGUCGCCCAUUAUUUCUUAGAUCGGGCUGUUGAGAUUUCGAGGACAGACUAUGAGCCCUCUGAUAUGGAUAUCUUGUAUGCUGAGGGUAGCACUUCAUCCAAUGGCCUGGUUUGCAUGGAGUUUUCAUUUCCCAAGUCAACACAAGAUAGCUUCAUGGACCCUGCUGAUCAGAAUGAUCUGUUGCAGAGGUACCAACUCAUUAGGUUUCAUGCAAGCAAUCUUGAAGAAAAUUGCAAAUGGUUGGAGAUGUUUGAAGACAUUGACCUCAUCCUGUACUGUGUUGCCUUGCCUGAUUACAAUCAAUUCUCGGAUGAUGAUAACGGAGUUUCCACAAACAAAAUGCUAGUAAGCAAGAAGCUCUUUGAAAACAUAGUCACUCAUCCAAACUUUCAUCAGAAGGAUUUCAUUCUGAUACUCAGCGAGUUCGACGUGUUUGAGGAGAAGAUCGAACAGGUUCCUCUCUCUCAAUGCGAAUGGUUUCAUGACUUCAACCCGGUGAUCAGCAUUCAUCACAACAGCAACACCAGUAAUAACUAUAAUAACUCUUCAUUGGCUCAAUGUGCUUUCCACUAUAUCGCGGUGAAAUAUAAAAGACUUUUCAAUUCCCUCACUGGAGGACGCAAGUUGUACGUUUCAUUGGUUACUGGAUUGGAGCCAGAUAGUGUUGAUGAAACUCUUAGAUAUGCGAGGGAGAUUCUGAAGUGGAAUGAGGAGAAACCCAGCCUUACUACAUAUGAUCGGUCUUCUAGUAGCAUUGAGACAAUGCCAAGUAAUGAUAGAGUUGCUGAAGUUAUGGAGCUCUCAAUGCAAUCCAAUGUCACAGACGAGGAGACACAAGUUCCGGGCCCUAAGAGACCUGGUCAUGUCCGAACAUAUGGGUUGAGUUCUUCUCUGACAGACGUCAUUGGAGGUGGAUAUAGGCAGUCACAGGAACAGACUCAAAUAAUCCAGAUGCAACUCCAAGAGCAAUUUAACCAAUAUAGAGUACAAUUAGAGAUGCAAAUGAAGGAGAUGAUGGGUGCUAUGCGUACAGAGAUGCAGGACACAAUUCAAUCUCAGCAAACAGUAAUUCAAGCUCAGCAAACACGGGUGGAGCAUUUGGAGUAUCAGCUGCAAGCUAUGAGUGGGCCUGUUGCACCAGCUGCUACACCCUUAGAUUCACUACAUAAUCGGCAUGUUCCUCGUGCAUCUAGCACUCAUCGUACUGCAACAUGGAGUGAGCCAGUACCACAUUCACAACAACAAUCCCAUGCGUCCACUUCAUCGUUUAGUCGCCAUCUUUCAUCUCAAGAAAUUCAAUUAUCAAAGAGGAGGAAGAAGAAGAAGAAAAAGUAGUAGAUGGGACAAACUCUUGGGUCCAGAUUUUCUCAGGGUUUGGGUGGAGAUAUUUCAUGGAUGUGAAUCAUUGAUCUUUUCCUACUGCUGUUUCAUAUCGUUUCUUCUUGAACAAUUUUGUUUAUGUCAUUUGUACCUGAGAGGAGCAUGAUAUUAGAGGCAAAGUUGUGAACUAUAUGCAAUAUGACGUGCUACAAGAAACGUACCACUUUGAGACAUUUAGCUGAUAUUAUUUUUGAUGCUUUUUCUUAGAUGAACUUUAUCUGAGGCUCGGAUUAUUGCAGCUUAUUAUAUUGUCUCUCUCUCUCUCUCUCUAACUAUAUUUUUACAGUGUGCUUGGGUACAAUUUGGUGGAGAAUUGUGGAGGCAGUGGUGGUGGAGACCCUUUUGGUUGCAAAGGGUCUCUUGCCUGCCUUCUCAUGAUGGUAUAGCCAUCCAUUUCCUUUAUAUGUUGCAAAAAGCAGAGAUUUUAUUUUGUUUUAUGAGGUGGGUCGUGGAUUUUAUGCUCUGUUCUUGGUCAUAGGUCUAAUUUGGAUAAGUGGGUUUUUGUUGUCAUGCUGUCUUCUUUUGUAAUGUUAAUUUGGAUAAGGCUUCGUGAACAUGAAAUCAAACGAACUUUUAUUUUAUUUUAUUUUUUGGUCUUUGAAUUGUUGGACUCGCAUGAUGUGUUUGAUGUGCUUUUCAUAAUUGACCAGAUGUUAAAUCUGGUGCAAGCAAGAAUUGGCCAUGAAAUUUGGGAAUUGAAAAAAGGGGAAAGAAGGUUCUAUGUGGGUGGAUGGUUUUCUCCCGUAGUUAUGAGAGCUGAUUCACAAAAUAGUGACUAGGUGUAGAACAUAGGAUAUGUAAUUAUGAUAGGUACUUUUUAACAAAAUAAAAUUAUAAUAAGAAAUAGUUUAUUUAUUUAAUUUUUUAAGACAAGAUAUUGACAACCUUAUCAAAUGACAGAGUCUUACAAUUUACAGCACAUGGUUUGUUUUGUAUAUCCACAAUACUACCUAAAGUAGCAGCUGUUUUACAACUUCUUGAGUGAACCGACCUCAAUCUUCAUAUGCACACAUAUAUAAGUAUAGGAAAUGCAAUGACCAUAUCUCAAAAUAUCAAAUACUAAGAAAAGCACUUCAGGAUCUUUUUUUCUCUCCCCUUUCUCCUUUUAGAUCUAUCUGUCUUUUGUCAUUUGAUAUUGAAAGUGGCCAUGCCUGGGCUGGUGGAUAAGUGGACUAGUGAGCUUGCCAAGCUACGCAACAAGAAGGAUCGAAUGAUUUUUGAAGCUGGUUCGAGCCCAACCACUCCUGAGUCGAGCCAAAUGGCUCAAGCACAUGAAAAGAGCUCAAUUAAUUUGGCUAGUGUCAUGCCCAAACUCAAUUUGCCCUUGUUGACUUACUCUGAGGCUUCAGUUUCUAUGCUUGUUGAAUGCUUUAGCCCUUGAAAAAAUACUAGUUUGUCAUGUUUUCUUUCCUUUGUGAAUCUUCCUCAUUGACUUGGUGAUAAUUUGUUGUCACCAUUUCUGUGAUCUAAUACUAUGCAUGUAAAAAAAUGUGUAAUAUGUGUGAAAUUUCUAUGUAAUGAGUUUGAUAUUUGAUUUUU